UAUUUCCUAGUAAUUGAUCUUCCUAGUUAUGUUUUUCACUUUUCUUUCUCCUUUCUCUGGUCCAGGCUUGAGGGCAAAGUUGCACUCAUAACAGGUAGUGCAAGAGGAAUUGGAGGUGCAACAGCAAAGCUAUUUGCCAAGAAUGGAGCCUACGUUGUUAUUGCUGAUAUACUAGACGAAUUAGGAUCAAAAUUAGCUGAUUCAAUUGGAGGGCGCUAUAUACAUUGUGAUGUUUCUAAAGAAGAAGACGUUGAAUCAGCUGUAGAAUUUGCGUUGGCAUGGAAAGGCAAACUAGACAUCAUGUUUAACAAUGCCGGCGUUGGUGGCCCUGGAGGGAGCAUCUCCAGUCUUAACAUGGAGGAUGUGAGAGCCCUCCUCUCCAUCAAUCUGUUUGGCAUUAUACACGGGAUUAAGCAUGCUUCGAGAGCAAUGAUCGCAGGUAAAAAUGGAGGCAGCAUUAUCUGUUCAUCGAGCUCGGCAGCCAUCAUGGGAGGCCUUGCAGCACAUGCCUACACAGCAUCAAAAACUGCAAUUCUUGGACUGGCCAAGACUACUGCUUGUGAGUUGGGAGUAUAUGGGAUUCGUGUGAAUUGCAUUUCACCUCAUGGUGUAGCCUCAGAGAUGCUCUUGAGUGCCUACAGAACAUGCCUUGGGAGGGAUGAUCUACAGGCUGAGGACGUAACAAAGAUUGUGGGUGAGAGGGGAAGUCUCCUGAGAGGCAGAGGCGGAAGCAUGGAAGAUGUCGCAAAAGCAGUAUUGUUUUUAGCUAGUGAUGAAUCUGGAUUCAUAACAGCCCACAAUCUUGUGAUUGAUGGAGGCUAUACUUCAGCUUGCAGUCACAUGAGUCCUAUCUACACUUCAAAAGUUUGAAAUUCACCGAGUACA